UUAUUAGGUUACCAUUUUGUUGCAAGAAGAGAUCCAAGAUUGAACCUUUUUGUUAGCUUCCACAUUUAUAAGGAAGAAGGGGAAUUAUGUAGUACACUUUUACACUUAUUGCUAACCCCACCUUACCUUGUUUCUCCUAUUCAUUACUGAUCAUAACAUAAAUAAUCUUCUUCAUAGAAUUAGCUAACUCUAGGAAUAGAAGAAAAAAAUGGGGAGAGGGAGAGUGGAACUAAAGAGAAUUGAGAACAAAAUCAACCGUCAAGUGACAUUUUCUAAGAGGAGGAAUGGUUUGUUGAAGAAAGCUUAUGAAUUAUCAGUGCUUUGUGAGGCUGAAGUUGCUCUCAUCAUCUUCUCUAGUCGUGGAAAGCUCUAUGAGUUUGGUAGUGCAGGUAUCACUAAAACCCUUGAGAGGUACCAACGUUGUUGCCUUAAUCCUCAAGACAAUUGUGGUGAAAGAGAAACACAGAGCUGGUACCAAGAGGUCUCUAAAUUAAAGGCCAAGUUUGAAGCCCUUCAACGAACUCAAAGGCACUUGCUUGGUGAAGAUCUUGGAGCAUUGAGUGUGAAGGAGUUGCAAAAUCUUGAAAAACAACUUGAAGGUGCACUUGCACAAGCUAGGCAAAGAAAGACACAAAUAAUGAUGGAACAGAUGGAGGAGCUUCGUAGAAAGGAGCGUCAUCUUGGUGAUGUGAACAAGCAGCUGAAGAUUAAGGUUUCUCUUGAACUAUCAACGUUUGAGGGUGAAGGACAAGGUGGAGUGAGAGGUGUUCCUUUUCCAUGGAGUACUUGUAAUGCAUCAUUAGAUGAAGCUGGAAGCAGCACCUUUCAUGUCCACCAUUCUCAAUCAAAUCAAAUGGACUAUGAUUUACCUGAUCCAGUUCUUCAAAUAGGGUAUCAUCAGUAUAUGGCUGCAGAUGGAGCCUCAGGGUCAAGGAGCAUGGCUGUUGAGAGUAACAUCAUUCAUGGCUGGGGUCUUUAAUUUCUAAUUCUAAUUAUUGAUAUACUAGUACAAGUUUUUUCCUUUAAGUUUUUCAGAUUAAAAACUAAGUGACGUAUAAUUAUGAUUUGAAAUGCUUGUUAUAUAGUAAUGUAUAAUUUUAGUAAGUGUUAUGUACACUACUCUUUUUAACUUUAUAAGUUUUUUCCAUUUUCUCACAAAA